AUGGCUGCACAAAGCUCAACCUCGUCUCAUAACAUAUCUUCGUCAUAUGGUAGGAUGCUACUUUAUUUUCAUGGUGAGAAGCCGGUGCUGCAAAUUUCGGGUACGAAGGAGAAUCCAGGUCGCAGAUUUUGGGAAUGUGUCUACUUUGAGGUGCAACAAGGCUGCAAUUUCUUUCGUUGGCCAGUUCCAGAGAUAGAGAUGGAACACUCAGAAAUUGCUAGAAUAAGAAAGAAGGUUUCGAUUCUGAAAUCAAGAAUGAAAGCGGCAGAGUGGAAGCUGAAGGUCGUUGCUGUUUUAGGGUUGUUUAGGUAA